AUGGUGGGAAAUGGAUUCAUUGCGAUCGUUAACUGCAUUGACUGGUUUAGAAGCCGAAAACUAUCCCCAGCUGACAUGAUCCUGAUUUUCAUUUGGAUGGGCAUUAACAACAAUGGGGUGCAUUUAAUUCUUCUUAAUGUGUUUGCUGCAUAUUCCUCUGGGCAUGCUCUUAUCCUGAUCUUCAUGAGUCCCAAACUGAAACAGGAAUCAAUCAAUAUGCUACAUCAACUAAAAUGCUGA